UGUGGCUGUGUGAGUGGAUGUGCGGCCGCGACCACGUGACGUCAGCCUUAACGAGAUUACGCCGGCAGCCGCGGGACCCUCUGCCGCAGCUCGCCACCAGCCAGCCAGUCAAGAUGGCAACGUCGGCGCGAGCGCACCCCCUGCUGCUGCUGGCCGUUCUCCUGCUCUGCACAGCUGCCCAGGCAAAAGACUACAAAGUAACACAUCAAGUAUACUUUGAUAUAAGUCAUGGAGAUGAAGAUCUUGGAAGAAUAGUAAUUGGGCUCUUUGGAGGCAUUGCACCAAAGACAGUAAAAAAUUUUGUUACUAUUGCCACAAAAGGAGUUGAUGGUAAAACGUAUGCUGGCUCAGGAUUCCACAGAGUGAUUAGGAAGUUUAUGAUUCAAGGUGGUGACAUAGUAAACCAUGAUGGUACUGGAUCAACAAGUAUUUAUGGAAAAUAUUUUGAUGAUGAAGGCUUUGAGUUGACACACAGUGGGCCAGGAUUUAUUAGUAUGGCUAAUGCAGGUAAAAAUACAAAUGGUUGUCAAUUCUUCAUAACAACUGUUCCAACACCCUGGCUUGAUGGACAUCACACCAUAUUUGGCAAAGUUGUCACUGGUCAAAAUGUUGUUCACAUGAUAGAACAUGUUCCUACUGAUUCGAAUGACCGUCCACUGAAGCCAGUUAUAAUCAAAGAAUCAGGCACCAUAGACACACCUGAGCCAUUUACUAUUACUGAUGAUCUUUAUGAUCUCUGGGCAUGGAUCAAAGCAUCUGCAGUGCCUCUGUUCUUCUCGUUUUCUGUUCUGUCUUUUUUCCACUGGAUGAUAAAAAAACUGAACGUUUAAAUAUUUAGGGAACAUAGGUUGCAAAAAAAGUUAGGAGCAUGUUUUGUAGAGCUCUGCAUACAAAAGCAAAUAGUUUUUCACUUUCACUUUCAUGGAAACAAGUGAUAAUAAUCAUGGCAAGAUGUUUGGAACAGUAUGAUUGGAUUGCUCUUGUUUUAUAAUAGUUUUUGAAGGAAGAUUUAAUUUCUUUUACAGAUGUAUUCUAAGCUGUUGUAUUUUUUAAUUGUGCAAUAACUUUCAUAAUAUAUUCUUUUCUUUCUUGAGAAAACUUUGCAUCUAAAAACCAUCUUGAAGAUAAUUUCUUACAGGCUUGUAAAUUAUUCACAAUCUGUUCAGAUGAACAUGCUUCCUUAAAGUAGUGUAUUGUUUAUUUUUAAACAGUACCAACAAUAUAAUUGAAUAAUGUUUUCAUAUAUAAUCACUAACUCUGAAAAUUAAGGAAGUUGUUACUAACAAACUGCUAUGUGUUGAGAAGCAGAUUCUCAGAAGGAAAAAGACUGCAAUUUUUCAGUGAAACAGGGCAGAGAAAGCUAAUUUAAUUUUUCAUUUAUCCAAUUCAUUUCACAUUUGCUUAUUAAUAUGGUUUUAAGAUAUUUUCUGAAUAUGAGCCCAAGGAAAUUCCAAAGAGAGGAAGAAAAGUAAGAGUGAAUCUUAUAUAAAUAUUCAUACUGUGACUUAGAUGCCUGUACAAAACAAAUAACAGGCACAUAAAAGUAAAAGUAUCAUACAGCAGAAUAAUUAUUUCCACACUUAGUAAUUUCUGUAGAAUCAGACUUAUCAGUGACAAAUUUUUAUGAAAAGCAAGGAUAGAGUUUUUGAUAGUUAAAAGUUUUCUCAAGACUUUUUGUGAUUAAGAACAUCCUUAAGUUUUAAUUUGAUACAUUGCAACACAAACCCAUAUAAAAGAUUUUUGUAGCAAUCAGAGCUUUAAACUAUGAUUUAAUAAUGUGUUUAUAAUACACAAAAUUAAAAUAUUUUUCCUUUGUAAUUAGGUAUGUAAAUGAAAAUGUGAUAUUUAGUUCUAUUUAUCUCCAGUUCCACCAGAAAUUCCAUUCCACCAGUCUUCCAGCAAGUUAACAAACCCUCUUAGGAUAUGAGUUUUUAUACUAUUUCUACAACAUGUAAAUGUAUAUAUUAAAAUGAUUUGCAUUAAAGUAAUGCACAAUUUGAUGACAAGAAAA